GUUUAACUUCAUUAAACAGUAACAUGUUGUUUCCACUGUUUUUAACGGGUUUUUUUGGACUUCAGCUCAAAGAUCACCCCGGUUAGUGAAGUCUGUCAGAAUCUCUACAGCAGACCACUGGCCUUUUCCUCCGGACUAUGAUGUACUGAAAACAAAACUUCAUCCAAAGUGUAAAACCUCAGACACAGAGAUUUGAGUCUUGGAUCACAGCGGUAAUGACGACCUUUGAUGACCUCCUGGAGGAGGCUGGGACUUUUGGCCGCUGUCAGAAGCGUAUCUUCGCCCUGCUCUGUCUGCUGUCAGUGCUUUUUUCAGGUGUGUACGUCGGCAUCGUCUUCCAGGGUUUCACCCCGGAUCACUGGUGCCGGGACUCUGCGGUGGUGGAGAGGAGGCAGGCGUGCGGCUGGAGCCUGGCAGACAGUCGCAGGCUGACGGUGCCUCUGGUCAACAGCUCUGGAGUCCUGCAGCAGAGCAGCUGUGAGCAGUACGACGUGGACUGGAACAGAACAGGACUCACCUGUGACACACAGGACCUGGACCUCAGUGGAGUCCCAGUCUCCACAUGCAAGGAUGCCUGGGAGUAUGAGUAUGAAGGGAGGAAGUCCUUUGUCACAGAGUUUGACCUGGUGUGUUCAGAUGGAUGGUUGGUGGACAUGUUCCAGUCCACUCUCAACGUGGGCUUCCUCGCUGGCAGCUUCGCUUUUGGCUACCUCGCUGACAGGUUUGGCAGGAAGAUGAGUUUCCUGAUGUCCAACAUCCUGAAUGUGAUCUCAGGGAUUGUGGUGGCUGUGGCUCCAAACUACAUCACCAUCCUGGUGUUCAGGACCCUCUUGGGCUUUGGAGUCAAAGGAGGCUGGAUGGCCUGCUAUGUGCUGAUGACAGAGAUUGUUGGAGUGGAGUACAGACGAACAGUGGGCAUACUGUACCAGAUGAUCUUCAGUGUCGGUGUCCUCAUCCUCCCUCUGCUCGCCUACUUCAUCACCGACUGGCGCUGGCUGCAGGUCACCUUCACCGUACCCUACGUCCUCUUCCUGUCCUACUACUGGUUCAUCCCAGAAUCUCCGAGAUGGCUCAUCUCCCAGAAAAAUUCCGCCAAAGCUCUGGAGAUCACUCAGGCUAUGGCCAAGGAGAACAAGAUGAAACUCACCACGAACUUUGAGACACUGACUGCUGAUGAUGAUGGGGGCGACUCCCCCUCCGCCUCUUUGCUGGACCUGAUCAGAACUCCAAAUAUGAGGAAACACACUUUGAUACUCAUGUUCAACUGGUUCACCAGUGCUGUGGUGUAUCAGGGCCUCAUCAUGCGGGUGGGGAUCGCAGGAGGAAACGUCUACAUCGACUUCUUCAUCUCCGGCCUGGUGGAGUUCCCCGCUGCCUUCCUCAUCCUCUUCACCAUCGAACGCAUUGGCCGACGUCUUCCCUUCGCCACCGCCAACAUCAUAGCUGGAGCCUCCUGCUUAAUCACGGCCUUCAUUCCUGACAGUAUGUUCUGGUUUAAGACGGUGGUGGCCUGCAUCGGUCGGCUGGGGAUCACCAUGGCCUUUGAGAUGGUGGUGUUUGUUAACACUGAGCUCUACCCAACGUUUGUCAGGAACCUGGGAGUGUCAGUUUGUUCGACUCUGUGCGAUGUUGGCGGCAUCGUAUCUCCGUUCCUGCUCUACAGGCUGGCCGUCAUCUGGCAGGAGCUGCCGCUCAUCAUCUUCGGGGCGGUUGCUCUCAUAGCUGGAGGUUUGGUGCUGUUGCUGCCUGAAACCAGAGGAGUUCCUCUCCCUGAGACUAUUGAUGAGAUCGAAUUUCCUAACAGGAAAAAGGAGAAUCCACUGGAGAACCAACAAACGAAGAAGCUUUUAAAAUCAGACCUGACAAGCAACAAGGAAACAACGAGCGUGUGAUUGUGAGCAUGCAUGUGUGAGGAAACCAGCUUCCUUCAGGGUGCCAUCACCUCCCGUACCUGCAACACACCUUCCUGCAGUUAUCCACCCAUCCAUCCUCCUCAUCAUCAUCAUUCACACGUCAUUGUCAUUACAGGAUUCCCCUCAACUGGGAAACCGUGAGAGGCGUUGUAUCACAGUUUGGACAAUUCAGAGAACUAUUCAGUUGUGUUAUUUUACUGGAAUAAAGAUGUUUUUACCAACUCUACACAUUCACUGUAUUAGAUCCAGUCUGUUAGUGUGUAUUAAAUAUUCUGUUACACUGAGGGAUAUUUAACUUCUAAAGAUCUCGUUUAAAUGUGCACUCCCUGAUUUUUAGGUUGCUGUUCUUUUAUUUAA